ACGUGUUUCCCUUCCGGUUAUCCUCAGUCUGGGUGUGUUUGGCUGUAGGGGCGUUUCAGGCUAAAACAGGAAUGACUCGAUGCCUGAACAGGUUUUUUACAGCCACUGGAGCAGUCGGUGGAUUCGGCAGAGUUUUCCUCUUAAGCAACCCUCCGAAUAAAUUUCAAGAUGUCAUUUUUAUUAAAAAAAAUGGUUGGUGGUCUUAUCGACUACGCUAUGAGUAACAUCGAUUCCAGCCAGUUUGCACCUUCAGAACCUCCUCCACCACAAAUGCAUCAGACACAUGCUGAGCUGAAUGAGAGCGCUGAAGAGAAGCAGUUCCGCAGGGUCUUCCAGCAGCUGGCCGGGGAGGACAUGGAGGUGAGCCCUAAUGAACUGAUGGGGAUUCUCAACAAAAUCAUCAGCAAACAUUCCGACCUGAAAACUGACGGCUUCAGCCUUGAAUCUUGCCGGAGCAUGGUGGCGGUCAUGGAUGGUGACAGCAGUGGCAAGUUGGGAUUCCAUGAAUUCAAGUAUUUAUGGAACAACAUCAAGAAGUGGCAGGGUAUAUACAAGGCGUUUGAUGCAGACCGUUCAGGUACCAUUGAUGGAAAUGAGUUGCCCAAAGCUUUCAGAGCUGCAGGCUUCCCCCUCAACGAUCAGCUGUUCCAGAUGAUCGUUCGCCGGUAUUCUGAUGAAAGUGGGAGCAUGGACUUUGAUAAUUACAUUGGCUGCCUGGUGAGGCUGGAUGCCAUGUGCCGUGCUUUCAAGACCCUUGACAAGGAUAACAAUGGAACUGUCAAUGUCAAUAUUCAGGAGUGGUUGCAGUUAACCAUGUACUCCUGAGACAUGGAGCUAUGGGACUGCCUCUUCAUCCUUAUCCCUGUUUCCACACUUGACUGCUUUGCUCCCUUCCUUUGUACUAUGCUUGACUCCUCUGAAUGAGCUUCUUCUAGUUUAUAGUGCUGGGGAAACAAUUUGUCGAAAGGAACUUCUAAAACAUUUUAUUGAUAUUUACAUUAAAGUUAUGUUACACUGUUCACAGGCACAAACUAAAUAAUAUUCUGGAUUUUGAUACCUUGAAACUUCGUUUCUGUUGUAUGUAAAAACACUGUAGGUGCGUUACUCUGUGCACAGGCUGGUUUCAGUAUACAACACAACCACUAGAUGGCAUACUAGUAUAAUUCCAAAUAAGACCUAGAUAAAGAUGUUUACUUUUUGGCAGCCGAAUAAAGGACAUUUGAAUAAAAGAAUGAUUAUCUAUCA